AAACGAAGACGACCAGACACAGCCCAAACACUUUUAACGAAGCAAGUACAUUUUGUUGAAAUUGUCGAAAAAGCUUUGGAAAUUCAAGUUAGAAAUAAGCUUCCUCAGAUAGUUGUGCAUUAUGUCUGAUAUCUCCGGUACUACUGAAGAAGCUUCUAGUGAGGAAACAAGAAAUAACAUGGAGGUUGAGGAUGAGGUUGAAUUGGAAAGGGAGAAGAAACAUCAUGAAAGUCCGUUUUACAAGGAUUUGAUCAAAAGACUUCCAGUGAAGUCUAAUAUUAUAUCGAGGGGAAGUGUGAGGGAUAUUAAGUGUUCUUAUUGUUUCUCCUCCUCCUCCACCCUCCGUAAACAUAAUCGACAUCUCUUGCUCAAACAUUUUAUCAGAGUUGAUGAACCCUUCACGUUCUUUUGUCCCAACCGACGUUGUUCUCACCGUUCAAACUCGUCCAAGGAUAUACAAGAGCAUCUGGGAGCCGUUCAUCCAGGUUUAAUUAAAAUAAGAACGGUUUACCACGAAAUGGCACAAUCAGACACAAAAGAAGUUCCUUGCAACGUAGACGGUUGUUCUGAUUUGUUUCAGGAUUUGUCGGCAAUGUUCGAACACGUGAGAAAUAUUCACAGUAGACAAUCUUGUGACGCCGCUAAGGUAGACGAUAAAGUAUUCAAGUGUGAGGUUGAGGGGUGCACAUACAGCUCAGCAGUUCUCAGAAGUUUGAAACUCCAUACAACUAAAAAGCACGGGAAAAAAAGAAAGCAUGCAGAAGAUGAAACGUGUUCAGAUCCACCCAAUCUUCCAAGCACAGCUGAAACCGAGUCCGGAGAUACCCAGCCGAACCGUGUUCCCAGAUUUAAACUGAUGAAACGAAAGUUUGCCGAAGAGGAGUGGAGCGUGGCGAAACGUAAGAAGCAGACGCUUGAGGUUCAAUCCCCCUCCAAACCUAAAAUAAAGAAAGUCAAGGUUCGUUUGAAUCCCCUCCUGGUUCACUUUGAUCCUGUACAGAAAGCUCUAAUAGCUAUGAGUGAUGUCCAUAAAAACUUAAACCAGGAGAUGUCUCGUAUUGACGGAGUCAUGGAGAAACUAAUCACAGAGCACAGCGUAGCCUGCACCCAGUGUCAGGAAUCUCCGGAGUUCAUGGAGCAGAGGAAACAUCUCAAGGAUCAUGUAAACAUACAGAACGAAAAGAUGGUUGAGAGAAUCAAACAGCUGGAGAGGCAGCUGGAUACAAUGACGAGAUCCUUCAAGAAGUUAUCCUUUCAACAGAAGCAGAGCAGUGAGAUUAAUUAUAGUAAUCUCCUUCAAGGCGUAACUAAACCAACACUUAAUAAGAAGAAUGAUUACUCUGUAGUGCAAGGAUAUCGUCUUGUUGAUAUCAAUGUUCUCCGUCUAGCUCUUCAGUCCGCCCAGCGCUGUGGUCACUGCAACCUUAUCCUUACUGAAGUUAACUCUCAUCUGUCUCAGGUUGAUCUAGCAACACAAUUGGGUUUACUCUGCUCCGUGUGUGGUCUCCAGACUAUCUUUAGUACAUCGAGCUUCUCGGAGGAGGAUCCUCCCAACUACUCCGUAAACAAGAUCUUCCUUCCUAACCUGGGCCCCUCCGCCUACUACAGUCUAGUCAACCUGGUCCAGAAGUCCAUGGGUUCUGUCAAGGUAAACAUGAAUCGUAACAAACAUGGAGUCUCAGUUCCACAUAGAGCCAAGCUUAUUGUUUCUGUGGACAGAAAACCGUAUCCGUUAGAGUUUAUAGCUACCGAACCUUCAGAUGAUAUCGUUCGUCCUGAUCUCUCCGGGUCCUAUGAUAAUAUUGCAGAACCGGAUCUUGAUGUCUCCGAAUUAUGCGAAACCAUCCUAGAAGGAGACCACAAGGACUCGAAAGACGGAGUAGCGGUGGAUUUACUUGAAAAGACUUUAAAAUCACGUGCAGAUCAUUUCUACACAAAAACUGACACUAAAACUGAUGCCCCAGAUUCUAAACAAUCUGAUGAACCCACGCCAGACCUUCUCCAACUGAAAGCAGAACCUGAUGCGGAAACUGAGCAACCGGAGCAAAAUGAACCGAAUAUAGAAGACUUAGUAUCAAUAUCCCACCAGGAGGGGAGUAACGGGGGAGAUCUUAAGAUAGUUCGAGUUCAAGGGAAUGUUUCCAACUUGUCAACUAGUGAUAUCGGAAAUAAAUUAAAAAUUAAGAGUUUCUUGGAUCUUCAAGAGGGCGACAAGAAACCUACUCCAGAGAAGAAACAUUGGACAACAGUGGACGGAGAUCUGCAGUACAGUGAAGAUGAAGGAGUGGUUGGUGAGGUGGUUCCUAUCCCCCCUGGAUCUAAACUAUAUACAAAUGAUCUGGUUUACGCUACUCCUAGUUCAAGUAAACUCCCAAUAGGAAUAUAUAAAGUCAAGCGUUCAAACGGAAAGGAAACCGUCCUAGUUGUAAACGAGAAGGGCGUUCCAAAAAAGUUUUCCGAGAAAUCCACUGAACACGUUGUCCUGGGGAAGAAGAAUAUUGUCACCGAAGGUUAUAGUGUCAUCGAAGGUUCUGAUAAUGCUCCGAAAACUCCAUUGGAAAUAUUUUAUUCUGAAGUAAUGCGAGCACUAAAGAAGAAGUUGCCAAAUAUCGGAAACGCCCAGUUGGAAAGAAUUGUAAUUGACAAGUGGACAAAGAUGAACUUCGCCGAGAAACAAGUUUACAAGCACAAGGCAGAUUUUUUACGAGGACGAAGUCAGUCUCCGACCCCUUCAACCCGUCCUCCAAAUCCAACUAUAGCAGCUGUUCGUGCAAAUCUGCCUCCAGGCUGGAGAAGAACCUUGGUGCGGUGUAAAGAUGAGUCUCAGCAAGGGAAAUUAAUGAUAAUUUUACACACUCCCACGGGGGAGAAACUGAGGACUAAAGCUGAGCUCUUGGAGUAUACCAGACUUAACAGUAUUAGUGGGAUCGGAUUGGAUGUGUUUGAUUUUAAACGCGCUCCAGAAACUGUCCCUACUCCAGUAUCCGCACCUAUACUAGUUUCAGGAAAUUCGAAUGUUACACCAGGAUCUAAUUCUAUAAGAUUGAAAGCUCCACAGGGUGUAAAUAUACUAAGAAAAGUUUCUGUUCCCAUCAGUUCUGUUGGAGGGGGUAUUUCAGAACGUUCUACAACUGAUUCAUCAUCUAAAGAGAUUAAAUCCAAUGUUAUUCUUGGAGUUCAUGAAAUACUUGGAACAGUUACAAAUAGUUCUACUGGGAUGAAAAUGGUGAGAAUGGUGGUGGAAACUUCAAGUGGGGAGAAAAGAGAAACAUUAGUUCCUGCAGUACCUGGAGCCAAUGGAACCUUAAAGAUUGCUCUGCCAAAGAAUUUCUCAGUACGAAAGCCAGUAAAAAAUACCGAGGUGAACCAAGUGACAAAAACUGCGAAUGAAAUUGAAAUCAACGAAUCUAAAUUGGUAAAUAAAGAAAUCACAGAAAGUCAGAAGGCCGCAGUAACGCAGCUCCAGGUUUCUCAAAUCAAUGAUUCAAAUCAGGGGUCAGAAUUGACAGAGUUGGAUUCGGAAAUUGAAACGGUAGAACCUGAAACUCCUGAAUCUGUGGAACCUGAAACUCGUAAAUCUGCGAAACCUGAAACCCAGGACCCAGUGGAACCUGAAACCCAGUACCCAGUGGAACCUGAAACCCAGGACCCAGUGGAACCUGAAACCCAGGACCCAGUGGAACCUGAAACCCAGGACUCAGUGGAACCUGAAACCCAGGACCCACUGGAACCUGAAACCCAGGACCCAGUGGAACCUGUGACUCAGGAUUCUGUGGAACCUGAAACCAAGGAACCAGUGGAACCUGUAACUCAGAAUUCUUUACAACCUGAAAUUCGAAAUUCUCGGGAACCUGAAACUCAAGAAGACGUGGCAUCUGAAACUCGGGAUUCUGUAGAACCUGAAAUUCCAAAGUCACUGAAGCCUGAAGCUAUGGAACCCAUCGCGUCUUAAUCCUAAGAAUGAGGGGGAACCUGAGAUCCAGGGACCUGUGGAACCUGAGAUUCAGUUACCUGUGGAACCUGAGAUCCAGGGACUAGUGGAACCUGAGAUCCAGGGACCAAUGGAACCUGAAAUUCAGGGACCAGUGGAACCUAUAACCGAGGAACCAUUGGAUCUUGAAACCUAGAAACCAGUGUAACCUGAAACCCAGGAAAGAGUGGAACCUUUAAGCCAGGAACGAGUGGAACCUGAAACCCAGAAACGAGUGGAACCUGAAACUCAGACACCAGGAGAACCUGUAAACCAGUUACAAUUAUGAUUUAAGAAACCAUAAAUGAAGGUAUGGAACUUGGUCCAAUGGUUGAAACUAGAAAGGCGUAUUGUGUAAUUUCUCUAAAUAAACCGGAAUAAAAUGAAUUAUCAUUAAGAACCCAAAAGGGAAUAUCUACUGAAGUAUAUAGUUUACGCUGAUGGAAGGGAAUGAGCUCAACAUGUUAAAGUUUACUACUACUGGAGUAAGGUUAUUGAAGUAUUCGAACCUGAUUCCCUCUGAAGAUUUGGAUUUAACAAGUGAAUAUUUAUAAGUGAUCAUAAUUGUACAUUGUUUAAAUAUCUUCAUAUUUCAAAAAUAUUCUUUUGUUUUCUAGUAAUACAUAUAGAUUGAAAGUAUAGUAAGGUUGGAUAUCUUAUUAUAUAAAUCUUUAUUGGUUCUAGGCGAAACAACGAUAAAAUUAACAAUAAAACAAAAUCAUAGGGUUUCGCAUAGAAGAAAUUAUUUAUAUAUCGUAAAAUGUAUAUGUAGUUGGUGAUAAAAAGGACACAUUUUUAAAAGAAAAAUUCCUGUUAAAUUCGGGUUAAAGCCAAAAAACAGAAUAGGACAUUUGAACAAAAACAAAAUGAUCAGCAUAAGAGUACAUGGGGUAAGUUUCGAUAUCUACUGCAUUCAAUCAGCAACUAAUUAAAUAACUACGUCAUAUAUGCAAAACACGAAAAUUAUUGAAUAAUAUAAUUUUGUUCGUAUUUUCACUUUACACAGAAUAAAUUUGAAUUAAGAUA